UACGACGGCGUGCUCGGACUGGACGCCGAGUGGAAGCCAAUCACCGUACGAGACUGGAACAGGGUCUCGCUGCUCCAGGUGGCCACCAGCCGGCUGGUGUACGUGCUGGACCUGCUGCAGCUGACGGUGGUGUCGCCGCUGAUGGAGAGGCUCGGCGCCGCCAUCCUCUGCGGAGACAACCUCAAACUGGGUAGGUGGGCGCGGCGCGCACCUCGAGCGCCCAAUCUCCGGUGGCUGCGGACCGCGUCCUGGAGUCACGUUGUGCGCGUUUGGUGCGUCCGACUGAGCGACCCUUCUGCCGGCCAGG